AUGAAGGCUUUCAUUAUGUCAGCUUUGGUGGUGAUGGCGUCCGCCAGACCCGAGGCCGGAUACGCAUACAACCGCCCUAGUGGAGGUUCCCAUGGCGGUUCAUCCUUCGGAGGCUCCCACGGUGGUUCUUCCUUCGGAGGAUCCCACGGAGGUUCAUCCUUCGGAGGCGCUUCUUCCUCUUUCGGAGGAUCCCACGGUGGAUCAUCCUUCGGUGGAUCAUCUUUCGGAGCUAGCGGACACGGUGCCUCUUUCGGAGGUUCAAGCGGAUCAUCAUUCGGCGGACAAUCUUUCGGUGGAUCUUCCUCUUUCGGAGCAUCUGGUAGCGGUGCAUCUUUCGGCGGUUCCUCAUUCGGAGGAUCAGCUGGAUUCUCUGGACAAUCUGUAGUACAGAAACACAUCUACGUCCAUGUCCCACCACCAGAGCCUGAGCAACACUUCAGCCGCCCAAUUGCCCCACCACCACCAGCCCAGAAACACUACAAGAUCAUCUUCAUCAAGGCCCCAACUCCACCAACCCCAACUGCCCCAGUCAUCCCUCUGCAACCACAAAACGAAGAGAAGACUUUGGUCUACGUUUUGGUCAAGAAACCAGAAGAAGCCCCAGAAAUCGUUGUACCAACCCAAGCACCAACUCAACCCUCCAAACCAGAAGUAUACUUCAUCAAAUACAAGACCCAAAAGGAAGGUGGCAGUUUCGGAGCAUCUGGAGCAGGAGCUUCUUUCGGAGGUACCGCCAGCGGUGGCUCUUUCGGUUCCACCGGAGCUGGAAUUAGCGGAGGUGCCAUCAGCGGAGGUUCCCUCUCAGGAGGAUCCCUCAGCGGAGGUGACCACUCAAGCUCUGGAGGCGCUGGAGUAUCUUCAGCCUACGGACCACCUGGACACACCAGCGGUGGACCAUACUAAAUCACGAAUGCCUUACAU